UGUCUCAUUCCCAAAACGUCCAGUGGACAGCUCUGAUAUUUCACAUUUCUGACAUCUUUGAUAUGUUUUAGGUUCAGUACAGAAUGUUGCUGCUAAUAGUCUAGGUGAUUUGACUGGAAGCCACCCAGCGUGUACUGCACUUUGGACGGGUUUUGACAUUAAAUACACCUCCUUUGCAAUACUUCCGAGUUCGCUGUGAUGAAGAGGGGGAGUGGAUGAAGACAACUCCGGGAGGGUGCAAGAAACACAGCCAAGGUGCGAGUGGCCUGUUUGAAUGGAAGGAACUGUCUGCAGUUCAGUUGUGACUAUAACGUGCCGUGCCCACUGCCUUUGGCUGUAUAAAGUGUCGCUUACAGGAGUCUGGGGUGAGUGGUAGACAUCACCGAGAGAGUGAGCCUGCAGAGAGUCUUAUGACUUUGUUCAACCGGCCAUGAAAAAGAACGAGAGACAGUGGGAAGAGUGAGCCGAUAUUGCCAUCUUUGAUCCUGGCAGACUCAAAGCUCACAAUAAGCACCAUGUGUUCCCUCUCAGUCCUCAACUUGUUGCUGUACUUGCUGUUCACUGUGAAAAGGGUCUGUCCUUUUCAGGACACCAUCAGACACCUGAACACAGAGUUUGCGCGAAACCUUUACCAGAAAUUGACAGUGGACGAAGAAUACCGCAACAUCAUCAUAUCCCCAACAGGGGUCAGUAUUGCACUAGAACUGCUACAGUUGGGAGCCAAAGGAAACACCUUCAUGCAGCUGGAAAAUGCAUUAGGAUACACUGUUCACGACUCUCGGGUACGACAUUUCUUGCAGAGUAUGUAUGGGGACCUGGCAAACUCCACUCUCACGCCCACCAUUCAUUUGGCCUGUGGCCUCUUUGUGGAGGCCAACAUGCAGCUUUCUUCACAUUUCUCAGAGGACACAGCUGCCUGGCUAAAUGGAAGCCUACAACGAGUGAAUCUCAGCAAUCCAAAUGAAACUGCAGUGCUGAUAAACAAGUGGGUCACCACUAAGAGUCAAGGUGAAAUUAAAGAUUUCAUGCCACAGCCUAUGGCACGUGCAUCACUUACACAGAUUGCUGUGAUUAGCACCGUAUAUUUUAAAAGCACGUGGGAGAACCAAUUUUCAACCUCAAAGACCCAACACCUCUCGUUUACCAGGGCGGAUGGCUCUGUUGUUAAAGUGCCCAUGAUGUAUCAAACAUCAACUGUCAACUAUGGCCAGGUCAAGACUAAAAGUAAUCAGAGGUUUAAAGCGAUUGAACUCAACUACCUGGAACAUGCAGUGAGCAUGCUCAUUGUCAUUCCCAGUGAAAGAGAAAAGCUCAUCUCCUCUGUAGAGUCACACAUCACAGCUCUCACCCUUUCAGCAUGGACCAACAGCAUGCGAAGAAUGAAAAUGGAAGUUUUCUUACCUAAGUUUAAAGUUCAAAGUAAAUUCAACCUUAAGACAUUGCUGACCACUCUGGGAAUCACUGACCUUUUCAAUCCCAGCAAAGCAGACUUCAGUGGAAUUUCUGAGCAGGAAAAGCUGUUUGUUUCUGAAGCUAUCCAUGAAGCAAAAAUAGAAGUGACAGAGGAUGGCACCGAAGCAGCAGCUGCUACAGCUGUGGUUUUGCUGAAAAGGUCUCGAGCCCUGGCUUUUAAGGCUGACAGGCCAUUUUUCUUCCUCCUACGGCACACCACAGGAAGAAUUCUUUUCAUGGGCCGAGUAAUGGAUCCUCUUGAGUAAACACAUUUCCAAAUGUUUUACUCCCCAUCCCGUUUUUGAUUUAGAAAUAAGAUUUCUGCUCUUGGAGAAAUUUAUAGACCUCAAGUACCUAUCUUGUAAAUUUGA